UUCAAAUCAAAACGUUCUUUGCGUGCGACUGACUAUAUUAACCCCACAUGAGAGAUGAAUUAACGAAAAAAGAGCGUUAAAAAAUCGUCUUACUGGUAACAAGUGACAACAGAGACAGAGAGAGUGGAGAACGCUUCCUCGGCCAGGGCAAGCUUCUUUAAUGGCGGUUUCCUUCUGAUCGUUCUCUGGAGCCGUAAUUCGUUUUCACUGUUUCGCCGAUUCGAGAAACUCUUGUUAUGGUGGAAAGUCUUGCUCUCGAAGCCAAUGCCAAGUGAGAAAGGUUGAAGAAGCUGUGGGAUCAAGAUAUAGUAGUCAGACUUAGCGUGUUAUCCUUUGAAGGGCAACCUGUAGCGUAUCAAGAUUCAGGGUCCAACUUCUGGGGCCGAGCUGCCCCAUAGCACUGACUUUAUACCUCUUCCCAUUGUUCGGAGGUCAAACUCAUUGCAAAACAUGAUGACGGAUGAAGAUAUUGAGCAGGCCAGCCUCAUCUCUUACAGUGACAAGCCAAGGACAUUUCCAGACAUGCGUAGUAAAACCUACAGUCCGCUGAUAUUCCGGAUUCUGAGGAAUUUAAAUCUUCGUGCCCUUUCUGUACUUAUGCUUUUGAGCUUUGGAGGGAUCUUUUACAUGGGAGCACGUACUUCUCCCAUCAUUCUGUUCGUCUUCGUAGUAUGCAUCAUCAGCUUCAUGUUGUCAGUGUAUCUGACCAAGUGGGUAUUAGCCAAAGAUGAAGGACCCCCAGAGAUGGUUCAAAUAUCAGAUGCUAUACGUGAUGGAGCUGAAGGUUUUUUCAGAACACAGUAUGGUACUAUAUCCAAGAUGGCCUUCUUGCUAGCUUUUGUGAUUCUUUGCAUAUACUUGUUCCGUAACUUAACCCCCCAGCAAGAGGCUUCUGGUUUAGGAAGGACAAUGUCUGCGUAUAUUACUGUUGCCGCAUUUCUUUUGGGGGCGUUAUGUUCAGGUAUCGCUGGAUAUGUUGGGAUGUGGGUGUCAGUACGCGCUAAUGUGCGGGUCUCCAGUGCUGCUAGACGAUCCGCAAGAGAAGCAUUGCAGAUAGCUGUUCGUGCUGGUGGAUUCUCAGCUCUGGUUGUUGUUGGUAUGGCUGUGAUUGGUAUUGCCAUCCUCUAUUCUACAUUUUAUGUUUGGUUAGACGUGGAUUCACCAGGCUCAAUGAAGGUUACUGAUUUGCCUCUUCUUCUUGUGGGAUAUGGUUUUGGUGCAUCGUUUGUUGCCUUAUUUGCUCAGCUGGGUGGUGGAAUAUACACGAAGGGUGCUGAUGUUGGGGCAGAUCUGGUCGGGAAAGUUGAGCAGGGUAUCCCUGAGGAUGAUCCUCGAAAUCCUGCGGUUAUUGCUGAUUUGGUUGGAGACAAUGUGGGGGACUGCGCUGCUCGAGGUGCUGAUUUAUUUGAAAGUAUAGCAGCAGAAAUCAUCAGUGCAAUGAUACUUGGGGGUACAAUGGCUCAGAAGUGCAAAAUUGAAGAUCCAUCUGGCUUUAUUCUAUUUCCUCUAGUUGUUCACUCUUUUGACUUGGUAAUUUCAUCAAUUGGUAUUCUAUCGAUCAAGGGAACGCGCAAUGCUAGUGUGAAAUCUCCAGUAGAGGAUCCAAUGGUGGUGCUUCAGAAAGGAUAUUCUCUGACUAUUAUAUUAGCCAUUUUGACAUUUGGCGCGUCGACUCGUUGGCUGCUUUACACUGAACAAGCGCCAUCUGCUUGGUUGAAUUUCUUCAUGUGUGGCUUGGUUGGCAUCAUCACAGCCUAUGUCUUUGUCUGGAUAUCCAGAUAUUAUACUGACUACAAGUACGAGCCCGUUCGGACGUUGGCUCUUGCUAGCUCCACUGGUCAUGGAACCAAUAUAAUAGCUGGGGUCAGCUUGGGUCUGGAGUCCACAGCUCUUCCUGUUUUAGUUAUAAGCGUAGCUAUCAUAUCUGCUUUUUGGCUGGGCAAAACCUCGGGACUAGUGGAUGAAAAUGGAAACCCCACUGGAGGUCUGUUCGGAACAGCUGUUGCUACGAUGGGAAUGCUUAGCACUGCAGCUUAUGUUCUUACAAUGGACAUGUUUGGCCCCAUAGCUGAUAAUGCCGGUGGGAUAGUUGAGAUGAGCCAGCAGCCGGAAAGUGUCCGUGAGGUCACUGAUGUUCUUGAUGCUGUUGGGAACACUACAAAAGCAACCACGAAAGGAUUUGCUAUUGGAUCUGCUGCCCUGGCGUCAUUCCUUCUUUUUAGUGCCUACAUGGACGAGGUUUCAGCGUUUGCUAAUGUGUCUUUCAAAGAGGUUGAUAUUGCUAUCCCAGAAAUCUUCAUCGGUGGGUUAUUAGGCGCCAUGCUUAUAUUCCUCUUUAGCGCUUGGGCUUGUGCAGCAGUUGGCCGAACUGCACAGGAGGUUGUCAAUGAAGUAAGAAGACAGUUCAUUGAGAGACCUGGCAUUAUGGACUACAAGGAGAAGCCAGAUUACGGUCGAUGUGUUGCCAUUGUCGCGUCUUCAGCUUUGAGGGAAAUGAUAAAACCAGGAGCUUUGGCUAUAGUAUCACCCAUUGUAGUUGGUUUUGUGUUCCGGAUCUUGGGGUACUACACGGGACAACCUCUGCUCGGAGCUAAAGUUGUAGCUGCAAUGCUGAUGUUUGCGACAGUGUGUGGUAUCUUAAUGGCUCUGUUCCUUAACACAGCAGGAGGUGCUUGGGACAAUGCAAAGAAAUACAUAGAAACUGGAGCACUUGGAGGCAAAGGAAGUGAUUCCCACAAAGCAGCAGUAACUGGUGAUACUGUGGGAGAUCCAUUCAAGGACACAGCAGGACCGUCGAUUCACGUGCUCAUAAAAAUGCUGGCGACCAUCACGCUCGUUAUGGCUCCAAUCUUUCUCUGAUAAAAGAGAGAUCUGAUUCUCUUGCACAUAUAUAUAGAGUGAGUGGAUGAUUGAUGUAGGUUAUGAAUUUAUGCAACAAAGGUUUCAUGAUUUGUUUUGGGUCAUUCCAUCUUCUGAAUAAAUAAUGUUAGUUUUGUCUUAGAAUUAAUGAUACUAACCACUUCCCUGUGUAUGUAUGUUAGAAAAUUUUCUUUAUACGAAAACACAUCACUAUUUUACAAAAACAAAAAGUUCAUUAUAACCUAAAAACCUAAAGCCGUCCAUACUUUAAACAUUAGUUAUCAAACUUUUAACAUUAGUGAACCGUCUAUCCUCCAUUAGUCCCAUGUACCGCGAAGUAGAGGAGUAGCUUCAACAUCGUCCCCGAAAGUCUUCAAAAGAUCGCACGUGGACUCAUCGCCAUCACCCUCAGGCUCCAGCUCCACCCCCAACUCUUCCUCUAUGUCGUCGGACGCCGAGAUCAGUAAAAACUCACAUCCUUCAUAAUUCAGGAAAUCGGGCGGGUCGGCUGCUCCAAACCGGGUAUGACCUAAAUGGGCCUGAAGAUGGGCCGGAAACUGGGCUCUCCUCUUUCUCUUCAGCCCACCAAAGCCUGACCUUCCUCUUCCUCUUGCUCUUCCCCCUUGAUCUGGGUUUCGUAUUUGGAUCAGGAAGGAGCCUUCCGGUUCAAUGUUCAGCGACUCUUGCGGCUCGUGUUCUCUGGUCUGCGAUCUCGAUGGGAAUUCGAGUUUGUAGACAAGAUGUGUAUGGUGCUUUCUUGUCGGAGCAGGUUUAUGUCGGAGAAUUCGGUAUAUUCCUUCUCCGACAGCUCUUGCCGGCGGCUUGUGCCUAUGUCCUCGGGUCUUCGUCUCGUACUCCUCUCCUUUAAGAGCAUUUUUAACAUCUUCAACAUUCUUAGUCACCAUCUCCACGAAUCCCCAAAAAGGUUGUGAUUUCUUGCUCGGAUCAGGAAGAGCUUUCUUACCCAUCACAAUGAAUCGUAACAGAAUCUCUUUCUCGAUGUUCACUUUCUACCCAAAAAAAAAAACCCACAUCGAGAUCAAAUCAUAAUAAUCAUUUGAAUAAGAG